AUGGCCCCGGUGUUGAUGGGAGAGUCCGUUUAUGAUAUAAAAGAGGACGGACGUCUCCCGGAAGCAUUCACUUCGCCGUCUCCCUCCACCAUGAAGGUCCUCCUGCUCGUCUUCGUUCUCGUCGCCGCCGUCAGCGCCCAGACGGAGCCCCGGUGCCGCUGCGCCGCCUUCAUCACCUUUGAUUUCGACGAAAUGAUGGUGUACGAGGCCCCCGAAAUCACUAUCGACUCCUGCCAAGACGACGCAGGACAGUGCAAGGAGGCAUGCGCUACCGAGCUGAACACCCUUAGCAACAAUGGCGACCUGUGGCUGGUGCAGGAGAACGGCGUCACCGUCGGCCAGUACAUAUGCUCGUUCCUCGCCAAUUACAACAUCAACUGGAUCGACAAUCACAAGGUGUACGGCUACUUCGAGGUGUGCGGCGGCCCCUGGGAGUACGCGCAAUUCACGUCGCAGCAGAUGUUGUGUUGUGGCGCAGGCGUGCACGAGCAUUGCAUCUCAUAAAGGGGAUUCACGUAUACUAUUGAAGGAGUCGCAACGUUUUUUUUUUUUUUCUUGUUGCAUAAAUAAAACAAUUAAAUACAU